UUGAUGAGACCGGGAAUAUUUUUGGGUUGAAUAAUAUAAAUGUAAAUUUGAGGGGUAGAAUUUUUCUAAAUUUUACAAUCAUUUUAAAAUACAAAUUUUAGAAACUUAAGGAGACAGUGGUGCUUUCGAAGCAAUGCUUUAAAAGUGAUUUUAUUCAUAAACCACCAAAGUGAUUCUAGUCAAUUGUAUAGACAAUAUUGAAUAAUAUAUUCAAUAUUUAUGUUUUACACGUUUAAUCAAUGUUGAAAGAUAAGUUGAGGGGGUCAGGGUUAUCAUGUUCAGGUUUACACCGAUACGACUUCCACUAGGGCUUAAAGAUCACUUGGUGAAACGGAAGAUCCACAGGAAGAAUAGUUACUACGAUCUACUCGGCGUCACUCCACGAGCUUCUCAGGCCGACAUCAAGAAAGCGUUUUACGAAUUAUCAAUGAAAUGUCAUCCGGACAAAACGAAGGGAGAUGAUACCAAAUUCAGAGAGAUAAGUACAGCGUACGAGGUCCUAGGAAAUUUAAAACUGCGCAAAAUGUAUGACAAAGGUUAUUUACCGGUGGGGACGUCUGGAUCAACAUACCAAAAUAUCAGAGAUGACCCGACCAGAGAACCCGUGACGGAUUUCGGUGAACAUUUUCGUCAAGAGAGAUCUGAGCGAAAACAAGGACAACCUCCACCAAGUGGUCGUAGUGCUGCUUACGACUAUGACGAGUGGACCCGGAUGCAUUAUUCAGACACAUUUACUCGAUCCCGUAGUCGAAUCCAUGAAUACCAGUGGAUUGAGUAUCAGAAACGAAAGGCGGCUCAAGAACAACAAGAUCCUGUUAUUCGCAUGUUUGCAGCCAUAACGCUCAUCGUUCUUUGUUCAAUAAUGUUUAAUUUAGCAGAAGAUUAUGACAAUCCGAGGAGUCCUCCUAGGACUUCGAAUGAUUAGCGUGUAUAAAUGCAGAACACAACAAUAAGUACCUGUCCUCGUAAUAGAACGCAAAUUAACGUGCUGUAACUCGAUAAAACGAUAGUAUUUAUAUGAUCCGAUCCGAAAGUGGUGAUUAUGUAUAAAACCAAGAAAAAUAAUAUAUACUUAUUAUGCCACGCUAA